AUGUCUGCUCGAGCCGCCCCUUCCAGAUCAUACGACAUGAUCAUGAAGUUAUUAUUGGUCGGAGACUCCGGUGUGGGUAAAUCAUGUUUGUUGUUGAGAUUUGUUGAAGACAAGUUCAACCCUUCCUUCAUCACCACUAUCGGUAUAGAUUUCAAGAUUCGUACCAUAGAAAGCAAAGGUAAGAAGAUCAAGUUACAAGUCUGGGACACUGCCGGACAAGAGAGAUUCCGUACCAUCACCACCGCCUACUACAGAGGUGCCAUGGGUAUAGUGUUGAUCUACGAUGUCACUGAUUCCAGAAGUUUCGAAAACGUGGAGAACUGGUACCAAACCGUCACCCAACACGCCAACGAAGAUGCUCAAAUCUUCUUGGUAGGUAACAAGUGUGACGAUGACAUCAACAGACAAGUUUCCAAAGAACAAGGUGAAGAAAUGGCCGCAAAAUUGGGUGUUCCAUUCAUGGAGGCCAGUGCCAAGAGCAAUGAAAAUGUCGACUCCAUUUUCUACGAGUUGGCCGGAAUCAUCCAAGACAAGCACGUCGACACUCCUGCUGCUGCUCCUGCUGCUAGUGGUAUCAAUGUCAGCCAAGGUGGUGAAGGUGUCAAGAACAACUGUUGUUGA